CGGUAGAGAAAAUGAAUCGAGGGAAAAUAACGUUUGGUAAAAUUAAUCUUAAAACCCCGUCCGCUACCAGCUCCAAUGUGGUGGAUGAAAAGCCUACCACUUCCGCAACAGAGGACAGCACGUCCGGAUUCGGUUCGUUCGGGCGGAUUGAAUCUGCGAAGCCGGAUGCAGUGGAACGAAUAGCGCAAGAUUUGGACAACAGUAAACUGCAGGAAGUGAUGGGUAUAUCCGGCUUUGGGAGGAAACAGGCGAAACAAUUCGAUAUCAACGAAAUGAUUCAGAAAGCGAAACAAAACGCCCCGAAGGCACUGGUUGAUGAGAAGAGUCUCGUCAAAACUGUGAACGCUGAGGGUGACGAAAACGAUGGGGAAGAUGAUGAUGGUGAUGACGACGGUGACAUGAUUGGACCCAUUCCAACGGCAGCUGGAGAAGUGGAGGCAGAUGGCCGAAGGAAAAGAGGGGAAAGGAAUGACUCCGAUGAUUCGGACGACGAUGACGAAGCGGACGAUGACGAUGAGUUCGACGAAGAUGCACCGAUUAACAAGUUACCACACUCGCACGAGGUAGAAAUGCGUCACGGUAACAAGGCCGUCAUUGCCCUUGCCAGUGACCCGUCCGGUGUUCGGCUGGCAUCCGGUUCGAUGGAUUACAAUGUCAACUUUUGGGACUUUUCCGGCAUGGACAAAUCGAUGAAAAGCUUCCGUUCGCUGCAACCGUGUGAGAACCAUCCCAUCCGUAACCUGCACUAUUCAUUCUCCGGGGACAUGAUGCUGGUGGUAUCGGGCAGCUCGCAGGCCAAAGUGCUCGACCGCGAUGGAUUUGAGAAGAUGGAGUGCGUUAAGGGCGACCAGUACAUCGCGGACAUGUCGAAGACGAAAGGUCACAUCGCGGGGCUCACGAGCGGCUGCUGGAGUCCGGUUCGGAGGGAAGAGUUUUUGACUAGCGGCAUGGACUCCACGCUGCGCACAUGGGUCUUUGCGAAAACGAAGGAACAGCGUGCGGUGAUAAAAACGCGAGCCCAGGGUGGGCUGAAGACGAUUCCGACGAGCUGUGCGUACAACCGCGACGGGACACUGAUCGCGGCCGGCUGUAGCGAUGGGUCACUGCAGACCUGGGAUACGAGAAAAAUGUUCGUCCACACGACACACUGCAUCCGCGACGCGCACACUAAGGGGUCCGACAUAUCAGCGGUACUGUUUUCUUACUCCGGCUUCCAGCUAGCUUCCCGCUCGAUGGACGAAACGCUCAAACUGUGGGACAUGCGAGCGUUUAAGAAACCGCUGCACGUGUUUGAUGGCCUGUACAGCCGAUACGAUACGACCGACUGCUGCUACAGUCCGGACGAUACAAUGAUCCUUACCGGGGAAUCCCUCCCGAAGGAUGCAAAACAGGCCAACCUGUACGUGUACGACACGAAAACCUUCGACCUGGUAGCGAAACUUCCCAUCACCGACUCGCACGUUAUCCGGACACUGUGGCAUCCAAAGUUGAAUCAAAUUUUCGUCGGUUGCGGCAACGGCGUGAUACGGGGCCUGUACGACGAGAAGCGUAGUAUGCGCGGUGCAAAGCAGUGCGUCAUUCGAACGCAUCGGAAGAAAAAGAAAUCGGAAAUUGUUGGUACCACGCAAAUCAUCACACCUCACGCGCUGCCAUUGUUCCGGCAGGAGAAAACUCGUUCCCUACGGAAGAAGCUGGAGAAGGAACGGCUGGAUCCGGUCAAAUCGAAGCGCCCCGAUCUGCCCAUCACAAGCGGACAGGGUGGCCGAGUGGCAAGCUCAGGUGGUACACUUUCUUCGUACGUUAUUCGCAACCUGGGACUGAGCAAGCGUGUUGAGGACGAUCAGGAUCCCCGCGAGGCUAUUCUCAAGUACGCUAAAGAGGCGGCCGAAAACCCUUACUGGAUUGCGCCGGCGUAUGCAAAAACACAACCAAAACCGAUCUUCAACAGCGAGGACGAACCGGAAGUUAAAAAGUCCAAAACUGAAUAACUUUUUAAUUAGCAAAAUGGUUAUCUGAGACACAUAUUUUUCCGUAAAGUAUAAGCUGACUUCAUCUUUCCGUAAUUUCUUCAUGUUUAAUGUAUUGAAUGUGUAUCAAUAGGAGUAGGAAUUUUAAGUGGUUACAACGAAACUGGC